AACCCAAAUCUCAAUCAACACUUUUGCUUUUGCUUACACUCUAUGUUACCCUCAUUCUCCCCCCAAAAAGAAAAAACACCAAAACCCUAACCAAACAAAUCCAAGUCAAAUCAAAUCAAAUCCAAUCCAAUCUUCAUCAUCAUAAUGGCAGAAUCUGAAGUAUACCCAAAAGAGACAAGAUCAACAACAAGCAUUCACGUAACAGCAUUAGACGGUCUGGUGAACGUAAACUCGUUAUUCACCAUCGCAGUUUUCGUCGGUCUUUCACUGACGACACCCGGUCAACGCAGUCUCGAAAACAGGACAUCCUGCGACGCCGACAUUUCUGUCGCUAAAAAACUCUUGGUUUUUGAAGUUGUUUCCUUUAGUUUUUUCCUGUUUUCGUCACUAGUUGCACAAGGACUAAAACUUGCUAUUAAUUUGUUAAAUAGUAAAGAUGUGGAUGAAGUUUUUAGAGCCCAUAUUAACUUGAAAGCGUUGCGAUUCGGGAUGCUUGGUUCGGCCGUUGGGUCGGUAAUGGGGUGUUUGUUUUUGAUGCUUUCGAUGGUGAAUGUGAUCGAAAUACGAUUGGGAAUGUUGAGUUGUGGGAGCAGGUCGACUGUUAACGCGGUUGCGUCUAUGAUCGUUUUGGUUACUUCUGCGCUUUUGGUUUAUAUUUCGACUGCUGUUUAUGCGUUUUUGCAUUGAAAUUUGGUUUGAUUUGUUGAAGUGAUUAGUGAUGUACCAUGUUUCAAAUGGUGAAAUGGAAAUGUGAAUCUUGAUGUUUUA